AUGAAAGCUUUACUAAAUCCCGAACCUAUUCUCUCCCAAACCAGUUCAAUUUUCCCCAACAAAACCCCAAACCCCACUCGUUUUCAUCCUCAUCCAUUCCCCAACCUCUUUCUCCAAGAUCGCAACCGUCGUAUUCUGCAUAGAAAGCUUUCUUUGACGGUGAAAGCUCUUUUGGAUUCGACCACCGUUGAGCAAUUCGGAGUUCCGGAGUUCGAUGUUCGGAAUCCGUCGUUGUCCUCUUCGUAUCGGAGUUCGACCUUGACUAAGCCUAACCAAACAGUGCUGGAGGCUCAAACUAGGGUUUGUACCGGUCCAACUCAAACUCGACCACUUGAUGAUGAACAAGCCUUCAAGGUGUUUGAUACAAUUCUUAGAUCAGCUAGGGGAGAGAUUAAGGAUGAAGAAGAAGUUUCCAAAGCACAAAUGGGGGCAUUCUUUGCAGCAAUGACAAUUCGUGCAAAUGCCUUUCCUGAGGCAACACAAUGGAGUGAAGGGGAGAUUCGUGCAAUGAAGACGUUUUGGCCACUUCUAGUUAGAGUUCUUCCACCCGAUGUGGUAUUCCUGGCUGAUCCUGAAGGAUUGAUGAUGGGGUUGGGAAGUUCAAUUGGACCACAGUUUGUUGGCAAUGGUACUACUGAAAUGAGAUUGGUCGGUGCUCUUAGAGAGGUGUUGGCAGGUGGCCAUCUUGGAUUCGAGGAAGUCCAAGGUGUGUUGAAGGAAGUUCUUCCUUUCCAAGAAGGGGGCGAAAAGACUCACGGAGCAAGUGAGGCUUUGCUUGCGGCGUUUUUGAUUGGUCAACGCAUGAAUCGGGAAACUGAUCGUGAGUUAAAAGCAUAUUGCCUCGCAUUUGAUGAGGAAAUUGGUCCCCCUCCUGUGGCUGAUGUCAAAUCGUUGACUCAUUAUGGUGAGCCUUAUGAUGGAAAUACACGCUUCUUCAGGAGUACAUUAUUUGUUGCUGCUGUUAGAUCUUGUUAUGGGGAAUCCUGCUUGCUUCAUGGUGUAGAUUGGAUGCCUCCUAAGGGAGGUAUAACUGAAGAGCAGAUGUUGAAGUUUAUGGGGGCGAAUAUAAGCUUAUCCCCAUUCAACGCCAAGAAACUUCUCGAGGAUGAUGAAGUUGGUUUUGCUUAUGUAAGUCAGCAUGAAGCUCGCCCGUCUCUAUACUCUUUAAUUGGUAUAAGGGAGCACAUAAAGAAGCGCCCUCCACUUGCAACAACUGAAAAGGUUCAGCAAUAUGUAAAGGCAAGUGGUAAGGAAGCUAUUGUUACUGGAUUUUAUCAUGGAGGUUACGAAGAGUCACUGUUAAUGCUCAUGAAAAGAAGGGGUGUGCAUUCUGGUUUGGUAGUGAAGGGAGAGGAAGGAGCACUCUCAAUGACUACGAGAUUGCGAUCAGUUAGCACGACAAAGGGACUUCCAGUGAAUUACUGUUCAGGGUUCCGUUCAGUUGACAUUUCAUCCACAUCAGAACCUGGUGGAGUUACUCGUCAAGGAUUUAGUCUUGAAGUCAAUGCCAAGGACUAUGGUUUCGAACCCACAGACACACCAAGAACUGAUAGAUCCGUCUCAAGGAACCUUGAAUUGGGUUUAUCAGCUCUCAGCGGCGAAAAAGGACCAGCAUAUGAUCGAAUUGUCUUGAAUGCUGGAAUGGUGGAUCACUUGCUUGGUGCUGAAGGCGCAGAAGAUAUAUCUGCUGCCCUGGAUAGAGCCAGAGAGGCCAUUGACAGUGGUAGUGCACUGAAACGGCUCCUAAACUAUAUCAAGCUCUCCCACAAAGUUACUUGA